UUCUGGCCAUCCUGGAACUCACUCUGUAGACCAGAUUGGUCUUGAACUUGAGAUCUGCCUGCCUCUGCCUCCCAGAUACUAGGAAUAAAGGCGUGCGCCACCACUGCCCAGCUGAUCAGCUGAUAGUUUCUUUGAAUAUCUUACUUCAACAAAAACAAUAUUACUGGGCUGGAAAGACUGCUUAGCGGUUAAGAGCACUGACUGCUCUUUCAGAGGUCCUGAGUUCAAUUCCCAGCAACCACAUGGUGGUUCAUAACCAUCUGUAAUGGGAUCUGAUACCCUCUUCUGGUGUGUCUGAAGACAGCUACAGUGUACUCAAAUACACACACACACACACAUAUAUAUAUCUUUAAAAAACAAUAUUACUAUUUUUUAUAUGUGUAUGUGUAGCCAUCCAGCAACCAUGGGCAAACUGGGUUUACCUGAAAGGGGGGCCUGGAAAUAAGGUAAGAGGGCGAGAGAAGGAUGAAGCCAAUACAAAGGUUCUGAUCAAGGUUCAAAGUUUAACAAUAAGCUUUGCAUGUAUAAAGGAAAAAAACACAAAAUCCCCUUCUUCAGAUGGAGUAUGUUGUAGCAGCAAGGUCAACGCAAACAGCCAAAACAUCAAAGUUCCCAUGGGAACCUGCAACUGCAGCCAAAACAGAUGUCUCUGUCCAGGUUGAUAAGGCUUGUCAUGGCAGAUGUUCAAGGCUGGGAAAGGCCAUAUGUGUGUACGUGCUACAUGCUUGCAUGUCCACAGCAUGAGUGCACAUGCACAUGGAAGCCAGAGGUUCUGCUCAGUAUCUGAUUUCCCUCCACCUUAAACACUGAGCUUUGCUGACUCAGGGAGGCUAGUCAGUCAGUGUGGUCCUGUCUUUACCUCCUUGAGCACUGGGAAUGCAUAUGAGCUGCCACUCCAACCUUCACCCUUGUGCAACAAGGGCUUGAUCCACUUGUCACCCCAGCUUAGAACUAGUAUUCUCUCCUCUCACUUACCCUGCGCUCUGGAGCUGAGAGAGGUAUUAAUUCACCAUUGGAGCACAGUGCCAAAAUAAGCACACAGUAAAUAUUUUUGGGUGGGUGAUCAUGUUAGAUAUGUCACUAGUUUCUGGGAUAUGUUUAGUUGAAGAAACCAAACAAAUAUUAUAUGAAGAGAAAUACAGCAGGGGUGGAACAUAAACAGAAUUCUCUUUCCAUGUGGAGUCCCACACUGACAGGAUGGACUCACUUCCUUGUUUGAUUCAAAUAUCAAGACUAAUGAAAUCACAUACCUACAAGGUGCUAAUCAUGAUGUAAGGAAGGUUUCUAGAGAGAUCAGGAGAGCUACUAGGCCUGUCUGAAAAAAAUGGCCUGACAAAAUAAGGAGAGACUGGCUUUACUAGUUCCUGCACGAGCUUUGAAUUUCCCCCAGACAUCAAUGGAGCAUUCGAGUGCUCUUGAUUUAUCAAAUGUAGGAUUAAAGGCCGCCUGCAGUCAAGCAUCAGAAGUAGACUCAGGAGUUGGGAAGAUGGCUCUGCAGUGCUUGCAGGUCUUCCAGAGGACCCAAGUCUAUUCCCUGCCUCCCACAUCAGGCAGCUCCCAACUGACUGUAACUACAGCGCCAGCAAUUCCAUGGCACCUACACGUGCAUGGGAAGAACAGACACACGGAGACACACGUUUACCUGCAGACAUUGGACUGCCAAGUGAAAGAAUUGGUACUCUUCAGUGUUCAACUGGCUAAGUGCUCUCUGCUCUGCCCUGAUGGAAACCCUGGGUAGGCAAGCUUGUUCUCCUCCGUGUCAGACAGCAAUGAGUGGUGACAGUGUUGGGGGGCAGGGUGAGAGGUGCACUGUAGAGAAGUGUUUGAGAGCCAGGGCACCUGGUGGGCUGUUCCGACUCUAAACACUGGGCCCAACUAGGGUCACCCAGGAAGCAUCUCCUCCAGGAGAUGGAAUCUCCAAAGCUUUAGUGGCUGCACCAGCACUACCAGCGGGAUACAGGCCUGUGGACAUUGUCAAUAGUAAGUCAGAGGCUUCUGCAGGCUAUAGAUUCUUCAGCUGUCAGACAGCUAUGCUAACGCCUCCAUCUACACUUCAUUGUGGGAAGCCAGGGCCCAAGGACUUGACAAAUGAUUUCUAGACAAGGCAAGGUUGUUCAGGAGCCCAAGAUUAGACUCAAAGUGGUAUCAAAGGCCAGCCUAGUCUACAGAGUGAGUUCCAAGACAGCCAGGGCUACACAGAGAAACUCUUAAAACAAACAAACAGAAAACGAAAUGGCUGGACAGAAGUAUAGGGGUUAGUACCUAUCAAGCUGUGGGGCACUGUUGCCAACCAGCUAAUGUUCCUUGCUUUUUCUGGUGCAGCCUGCAGGCUGAAAGUAAGAAAGGCCACUCAGUGAAAGACAUUGCUGGACAUGACAUCCUAACACCAUGAGGAAAGGAGAGUGCCUCUUGGUGGACCACCUGAGGAGUAGCCUGCUCAUACAACCCAAGACGGGGUAUUUGGGCCAAUCACAGCCAUUUGUUUGGCUAAACACCGGUGUCUUUUGUUUAUAUGUGUACAUGUCUGUGAAUGUGUGAGUGUAUGCGUGUAAGGGUGGCUGCAUGUCUGGAGAGAUAGCAUAGUCCUCCAUUUAUCAUUAAGCCACCAGUCACAGGUCUGCACAAAGCCCUGGCCCAAGCUGUGCUUACUGGGCCAGGACAAUCAGUUGCAAUCUUUCGUGUAGGCAUAUCUGAGUGUUCUUGGAGUGUUUAAGACAGCUGGUGCAGUUUGGAUGGUAGUCCUGCUAGCUGUUUGACUCGGUCUUCUUUGCUGGAGGCAGCUCCAUCAACAGAGAGACUCAAACAGCUGCGAAUUAUAGUUAACUACCGUCGACAGUCUUUGUGAGUGCUUACAUAAAUGUAAAGCCCUUACGUACGUCUUCAUCGUUAACUUCACGAAUGUAAAGUCACCUAGGGGAAACACCUCUGGGAGUAUGUUCCCAGAGAGGUUUAACUAGGAAGUGAAAACCUACCCGGAAAGUGAGUGGACUCAUCCCACGGACGGGCUCCCAGACCGAAUCAGCGGGAGUGCUGGUGUGUGUGCUGCGUGUCUCAAAAAUCAAAUAACUAACCAACUAACAAAAAAGCUGCGUGUCUCAAUAACUAAUCAACAAAUUAAUCAGGCCAGCAAGAAAGCUAUUUCAAAAACCAAGCAACCAAUUAAACAAACAAACAAACAAACAAACAAACUACAACGCCCAGCGUAUCUACAUAAACCCAGCCCACUCCACUUGCACUGCAGCGGCUGAGCCCGGUCAGCCGGAAGUUCCUGGCUCUCACGUGCAACCUACAGGAAAUGUCCGGGCAGCUGGCCCUUCGCGCAUGCUCAUAGUGUUCCGCGAGACGCUGCGCGGAGGAUUGUGGGGCAGCAGUGGGUAGUUUGCUUCCUCCCGGCCGCCGCGUCGGGCUUGCGGGAAGCUUGUUCCAGCCUUCCGUGUCGGUGCUGUACUCUGAGUCUCCGGCGAGUCGCCCUCAGGCCGCCGCCAGCAUGUCGGGCGUGCGAGCCGUGCGCAUCAGCAUCGAGUCGGCCUGCGAGAAGCAGGUGCAGGAGGUGGGCCUUGAUGGCACCGAGACGUACCUGCAGCCGCUGUCCAUGUCGCAGAACCUGGCGCGCCUGGCACAGCGCAUCGACUUCAGCCAGGGCUCUGGCUCUGAGGAGGAGGAGGCGGCAGGGCCUGACGGCGAUGCGCCGGACUGGGGGGGCGCGGGAGCCGACCAGGACGACGAGGAGGAGUCCACAAACGCUGCAGCUGAUCUCCAAGAAGAAGUCCCUCGCUGGAGCAGCUCAGAUCCUACUGAAGGGGGCAGAAAGACUGACCAAGUCAGUGGCUGAGAACCAGGAAAACAAGCUCCAGCGAGACUUCAAUUCUGAGCUCCUGAGACUCCGGCAGCACUGGAAGCUGAGGAAGGUGGGCGACAAGAUCCUGGGUGACCUGAGCUACAGAAGUGCAGGUUCUCUCUUUCCUCAUCAUGGUACCUUUGAAGUGAUAAAGAAUACAGACAUUGACUUGGAUAAGAAGAUACCAGAAGAUUACUGUCCUCUGGAUGUCCAAAUUCCUAGUGAUUUAGAGGGGUCUGCGUAUAUCAAGGUUUCUAUUCAGAAACAGGCUCCAGACAUUGGUGAUCUUGGCACAGUUAACCUUUUUAAGAGACCUUUGCCCAAAUCCAAGCCAGGUUCCCCACACUGGCAGACAAAAUUAGAAGCAGCACAAAAUGUUCUUCUUUGUAAAGAAAUUUUUGCACAGCUCUCCCGGGAAGCCGUUCAGAUUAAGUCUCAGAUCCCUCACAUUGUGGUGAAAAACCAGAUCAUCUCUCAGCCCUUUCCAAGCUUGCAGUUGUCCAUUUCUCUGUGCCACUCCUCAGAUGAUAAGAAGUCGCAGAAGUGUGCCGCAGAGAAGCCUGGGCAAGAGGAUCACCUCUACGUCCUGGAGCACAACCUGCACCUGCUGAUCAGAGAGUUUCAUAAACAGACCUUGAGUUCCAUUGUGAUGCCACACCCAGCAAGUGCUCCCUUUGGCCACAAGAGGAUGAGACUCUCAGGUCCUCAAGCUUUUGAUAAAAAUGAAAUUAAUUCAAUACAGUCCACAGAAGGACUCCUAGAAAAAAUAAUUAAACAGGCAAAGCAUAUUUUUCUAAGGAGCAGAACUGCUGCAACCAUUGACAGCUUGGCAAGUCGCAUUGAGGACCCCCAGAUCCAGGCCCACUGGUCAAACAUCAAUGAUGUGUAUGAGUCUAGUGUAAAAGUUUUGAUCACAUCUCAGGGUUAUGAACAGAUCUGCAAGUCCAUCCAGCUGCAGUUGAACAUUGGUGUGGAGCAGGUCCGUGUUGUGCACAGAGAUGGUCGGGUAAUCAUGUUGUCUCAUCAGGAGCAGGAGCUACAGGACUUCCUUCUGUCUCAGAUGUCACAGCACCAGGUGCACGCGGUUCAGCAGCUUGCCAAGGUUAUGGGCUGGCAGGUCCUCAGCUUCAGUAACCAUGUGGGACUUGGGCCCAUAGAGAGCAUUGGCAAUGCUUCGGCCAUCACCGUGGCCUCGCCAAGUGGAGACUAUGCGAUUUCAGUUCGUAACGGACCUGAGAGUGGCAGCAAGAUUAUGGUUCAGUUUCCCCGUAACCAGUGCAAAGACCUUCCGAAGAGUGAUGUUUUACAAGACAGCAAGUGGAGUCAUCUCCGAGGACCAUUCAAGGAGGUUCAGUGGAACAAGAUGGAAGGCCGAAACUUCGUUUAUAAAAUGGAGCUGCUUAUGUCUGCCCUGAGCCCCUGUCUGCUGUGAUUUUCUCCAGAACAAGUUCCAGAAAUACUGACUGUUUGCAGAUCAGUUAUAAGCACAAGGGAGAGAUGUCUUCCAUAUAAGUCCCGAGUGCAGACUCAUGUGCACUGCUGCUCCAAUCUUUCACGGGAGCCCUGUUUAAAAGUUACGUUUACUUUGCAGCCUGAAUUCUCUCACUUUAUAAGUGACGAGUACUUUGGAAUGAAAAAUGUAUGUACAGUUAUAGUAUGCAGUAUGGGGAGAUGUAAAAUAGUACAUUUUUUAUACAGCUAACCUGAAAAUAUUACUAACUUAAGGGCUUGAAUUUGCUUUUUUUAAAAUUCCAUCUUUAAUGUUAACAUAAACUUUGUGUUUA